UCCAAAUCUGUUAAGUAAUGUUACGCUUCAUCAACAUGUCAAUAUUAAAGUACAAGGCAAAAUGUAAAAGUUUUGGAGACUUUCCGUAUGACAGCAGCAUUAAUACAGUUCAAGUGUGGUUUCAAAAUGUUUUUCGGAUAUUUAUUGUACAUACUCAUAACUGUAUAUCUGGGUCAUACGCAUGUUUUACCUAAAGGUUUCCAUCUCAGCAAUUCAUGUCAGCCUCGUUGCCAGUCUGGAACAACGUGUGUUGUAUAUAGGACUAGUGAUGGGAAUCCAAAAGUUACAUGUAAAUAUAUAGAUCCUCACAAUGCCGUGUUAGAUGGUUCCUUAAUAAUAACAUCUCCAAAUAUUGACAAACCACUCCGAGAUUCAAGUGUCACAAAUACAAAUACAGAAGCCGCUAGAGGACAAAUUACUGAUAUUUUUGAAACCUUGAUUAAAGAAUUACCUGACGCCGGUUUAGAGACAGUUAAAGCAGUAAAUACUGGGUUUAAACCACGACAACCUGUGAAAGACCGUAUGCCUGUUAUCUCUGAUUUAUUUAAGCAUGAUUUACAGGAAGGAUUUAGAUCCCUUGGUAAAAGACCAGAACUGUUCAGUUCCAACGACUUAACUAGAAACACAGGAAAUUCCCCGUCGUUUCAAAACUUUCCUUCCACGGUAAACAAAGAAUCAAACAAACAAAAAUCAAAAUUUGAGGGACUAACACUAGUUAGGACUGCUGAUGGUGGUCUUGCUUUCCGCCGUACUAGCAAAGCUAAAUCACCAAAUGUAGACAAUAAGCUAGAAGUCGUUCCAUGGCCAAGUCAAAUGAGGGCAGAUUCUUCUACGACCCAGAAGUCAAGGAAAGAGCGUCCAGGCAUUGGUAACACCACUUCUAGAUCUUCAUUACAGCAACAUUCUGAACAGAAGAAAACGAACGCUUUUACGGGAAACAGUACCGUUUGCACACCGUGUAACCCUGAGCAUACCUGUCCACCUAUGAAGCACUGCUACUUCUCCGCUACCUGUGCCAGGCAAAUUUGUCAGCGUCUAUUUCCCUGAAGAGCUGCCUGCUUAUUAUUCAACAUACAAAUAUAUUUAUGAUAUAUACUACUGUAUUAUUAAAUUUCAAAUAAAAUGAAUGAGGUUCGA